AUGUCAAGUUGGCUUACUUCUAUUAAGAAAACAGUUUAUGGGCUAACUGAUGCACAAGUGUUUUUAAAAGAUGCAACAAACAAUGAUCAAUGGGGACCAACUACAAAACAAUAUCAACAAAUCAUUCAAUAUACAUAUCAUUAUCAAGAAUGCCGUGAAAUUAUGGACUUUUUAUAUAAAAGAUUAAGUGAAGAUGGUAAAAAUUGGAGAGAAAUUUAUAAAUCAUUAUUAGUUCUUGAUAAUAUUUUAAAGAAUGGAUCAGAAGAAGCAGUUAAUAUUGCAUUAGGAAGAAUUGUUGAAGUUAAAACAUUACAAAGUUUCCAAAAAAUUGAUGAAGAUGGAAAAGAUGUUGGAAUUAAUAUUCGUGAACGAUCUAAACAAAUUGUUGAAUUAUUAACUGAUAAUGAUUAUCUUAAACAAGCAAGAAUCACUGCUAAAAAUCAAAAAAAAGAUUAUGGAGGAAUUGGAAAUUAUGGAGGAAUGAGUUCAUCUUCAUAUGGUAACUAUUCAAGUAAUACAACAUCUUUUAGUAGUGAUGAUUUUAAUUCAUUUAAUAAACCUACUUCUACAUAUGGAGGUUAUCAUGAUGAACCACAACCUACUACUUCUACUACUUAUUCUAAUAAUUCACAACCUACUUAUGGAAGACCAGGAACAUAUAAAGAUAAUGUUGUUGAACAAAAACAAAUUCAAAGAGAUCCUUCUCCUGUUUCACAAGUUAUAAAUAAUCAAUCUACUAAUCCUCAACCAAAUUUGUUUGAUUUUGAUUCAACUCCUUCUCAAUCUUCACAACAAAAACCUUUACAAACAAAUACUAAUUUAUUCGACAUGAUGAAUACAAAUCAAUCAACUCAACAACAACCAAUUCAACAACCAUCAAAUUCAGCUGACUUAUUCUGGUCAAAUCAACAACAAUCAAUCCCUCAACAACAACAAUCAACAUCAAAUUCUUUAUUUGAUUUUGGAACAACUCAAACUAAACAACAACCAAAUACAAUGGAUUUAUUUGCUGGAUUAUCAGCUCCAAAUCAACCAAAUCAACAACAAAAUUCCGUAGAUAUAUUUAGUUCAAUGAAUACUCCUUCCCAACAAACAAGUACACCACAAACAAAUUCUAAUACAUUUGAUUUUGGAGAUUUUUCAUCAGCUCAAGUACAAGAAAAAAAACAAAGUGAUUGGAGAGCUAAUAUAAAGAUUGAUUCCAUUCAAGAUACUCGAAAGCAACAACCAGCUUCUCAACAAAAACAAACACUUGGUCAAUUCCUUUAA